AUGGUGCUGAAGUUGGUCCGGACGCCCGGCAUGCGCCGCCGAACACUCAUCACCGUCUUUCUCAGCUUCAUCACCGCCGUCUCCUACUUCGGCAUCACGUUCGACACGACGCAGCUGGCGGCAAGCCCACAUCUGGCGGCGGCGUUCUCCGGCCUCGCCGAAAUCCCCUCCAGCUUAGUGUUUCCCCUGCUGGACCGGCUGGGACGGCGGCCCUCAGUGAUCCUCGUCCUGUGGCUGCAGGCUGCCGCCAUGAUUCUCACCUUCGCGCGGAAGGACGCCACGCUCUGGCUGGCGCUCGGCGUGGUGGCCAAGACCGGUAUCUCCUCUGCCUAUCACACUAUGUCCGUGUUCACGGCCGAGCUGAUGCCCACCGAGGUCCGCUCGCUGGCCGAGCUGCACGAGAGCGCGCCGUCGGCCGUGUUCGGCGGCCUCGCCCUGUUGGGCGGUCUGACCGGCCUGCUCCUGCCCGAAACUAACGGCCGCCCGAUGCCGGAGACGGUGGCCGAUGUAAAUGGCCAGCCGCUGUCCGCCGCGCCAGCCGCUAAACACGUCCACACCAACGAGGCGUACCAGGGCGCCGACGAGCCAUGA